CAUUGUUCCUUCCCUCACUUUCAGCUCGGUACGGACACUGAGCGAUCCGUCCCUCCUCUCCAGAGCACCGGAGCGACCUCACAGCAUGCUGCCCGGGAGAGCGGCUGAUGUCCGGCUCUGCGUCCUGACGAGCCGCUGGGUGCCCGCAGCCCUUGCGCUGCUCCUCCUCCUCUCCUCCAGCCUGAGCAGCACUCACAGCACCACGGUGGAGCACGACUUCCACAUCGUCCAUAAUGUCGACAACAGAAGUCCAGAGAUAGACCCAUUCUGGUAUGUGGGGCGUGGGGUGAGACCCAUCGGGCGUUUCGGGAAGAGACACAGCAGCGUGAGCAGCGGGGAUCUGCAGCCUGUCAUCAGGACGCUGAGUCUGCUUCUCAGCAGCCUCAGAAACAAGGAGGACCUCGGAAAUGUGAUAGACGUUGAGGAGGGGGAUUGGUUACCAUGACAGCAUGCCCUCCUUAGUCUAUUCAUAAACUCCAAUUGUCUUCAUUUUUUAUGAUUGAGGGUAUGUUCUCGCUCUUGGCUGUAUGUCUCCAUAAUAGAAAUCACUCACCAAAUGAAUCUGUACAUAUAAAUGCAUUCUAUAUUGAUUAAUAAACCAGGAUGUUGUGAUUA